AUGUAUGCUUUUCACCAAGAACAGCAUCUUUUCGCUUUGCAUAUGGCACAAGAAGCAAUGCUAAAAUCUGCCCGCGAAAAAAGUUGGGUAAUGACCUCUAAUGAGGCUGGAUUUGUCAAACUUCCCAAUGAGCGAAUUCUCUACACCUCACCUCCUCGAACGAGUUUACAGAUCUCUACGACGACUACACCUGCGGGCGCAGAGCCAUACGCAGCGCGAAGCGAAUCUGGGGUUGUAUAUAUUAGCAAUCAACGAAUAGUCUACCUCCCGAGUUCACCCACUCCAGAGCUUCAAUCGUUUUCUUCGCCGAUUCUUAACCUGCAAGAUAGCUUCGUUCGUGCGCCGUUCUUCGGCGCCAAUUACUGGACUGCUCUCUGCAAGCCAGUCUCGGGAGGUGGAAUUCCCCCAGACUAUCCUUCGGUCGAGCUUAAGAUGACUUUCAGAGAAGGCGGGGCCUUUGAUUUUCAUUCUUGCCUGGAACAGAUUAAGGAGCGUCUAUACCAAGCCUAUAGUAUCGCACGGGAACAUGGGGGAAGGGGAACGAGUGGUGUUGAUUUGGUGAACAUAGAUCUAGAGCAAUUACCUGCGUAUGAGCCUGCGCGGGAGGUUACAGAUGAAGCACAUGCUGUAGCUCAACAUAGCGGGGUAGCAAGCACUCCCACUGGAAACACACCACGGCCCGAGACCUUUUCGGCGCCAGCUGAACCCCCUCCAGAUUACGAAGAAGCACAAGCACAAGCAGUUUCGGUGGAUUUGGAUCAGCGAUUACGAGAGCAAGCCGAGAGGCAAUGA